AUGGAACCAUCAGCCUCCUCAAUAGUCUCGCCCAAUUCAGAUCCGCUUCCGGACUCGGACACGGUCAGUAUUGGGGGGACUAUCAAAACACCAUUCGCGUUUUAUGUGGAGAAGUUUUCUCUAACGCACGACUUAAAAUCGGAAAAUGAAGAGAAGGAACCGUUUGAUAGAUACUGCAUCUAUACAGGAGAGCUCUACGGGCCAGAGCUAACCGGUAAGGGGUGUAGCAUUAUCAUCUCCGGAAAAGGGGGCGUUGAGAGCAAUCCCGAUGCAUACCAAGGAGGGACAUUGCAAAUUUUCGCAGAGCAUGUCGAGGCUGCUGCGGUAGAAAAAUUGCAUCUUGACGCUGGAGGAGGCCCAGGAGCCAACCGGCAGCCAGUAACUGGGACAGAUGUUGGACCCCGUGGCGGAAAUGGAGGGCAAGGGGGAAGGGUCGAUGUGGUCUUUGGUUGUAUUUUCGAGCAGGCCAUUGAGCAAGGUGCCGAGCUUGUUAAAGGGCUGAUGGAUCCAAAGAAAAAGUGGCCUACGGAUUUCGAAGACAAGAUUAAACAGUUCGUCGGCUUCAUCACCCUGAAAGAAAUCAUGGCAGCCAUGACAAUACCGCCGUCAAUGAGCAAAGUAGAGACCAUGAUGGCCGCUCCAAAAGAGUCAAUACAGCCGACUCUCAUACAGUUUCUUAUAGACCUGGCAGCACAGCGAGAUAGCUUGACCAACGCCUUUGAGCAACACACCAGCGUUGAGGGCGGGCCAUACGGUACUGGUGGCAUGGGAGACAGGCAACGGGGACCAAAUGGAGACACUGGUAAGCCAGGGAGCCACAGUGUUUACAUAUUAUCUGACCCGGCAAAACUAUUGGAGGGUGAAGUGUGCUUCGUGCACCCGACACAGUGCCGGAUGUUGUUAGAUAUGGCCAACCUGCUCUGGUUCUGUGGAUCUCUCGACGAAAAAGCCCGCGCAGCAAACAUUUAUACCCGCCUAAUGCGGAGGCUGGCCUUCUUGGGAGAUGUGAAGGAUGAGAAGGUAUCCAAGACACGCCUAGCCGAAGCAUAUCGCAAAUCAGAGCCAUCUUUGUUCAUCCUCGGCGGGGCGCCUGGGGAUGAACCCAUUUCAUUCACCCUUUUGCGUGCAGUUAAGGACGAAGCUCACGGAAACCUGCUGAGUCUCCUAUCAGGGAAGACCAUCUUCGGCGAUGACAGGGAGAAGGUGCCACGUGGUUCGUUUGGAUUCUAUCAAACAGCCAUUGCCCCGUUGCUCACGAAUUUGAAAGAGGUUGAAAAGACAUAUCGCAGGUUUUUGGGGGGCGAAAUGGAUGCUGAAGAGAAGAAGCAGGCAGUUCGUGACAGGCUGGCUCGGUGUGACUUCCGAAAGCACCUGGUCCAAGAUGAAAUCAAAGAAAAGAAGAACGAUCUCGAUACGAACUUGCAACGGCUCCAUCUAUCAACUGAGUCCAUUGGUCCAGCAAAGAAAAGCCUGAUGAAUGCCUAUAAGGCCGUUGAAGAACAAGUCAAAACAGGGGUUACCGUCUCUUGGGAGGACCUCAUGUCUGCCCUGUCACAAGUGAUUUUUGUGCAUGGAUCCGCGCCUAUGGUCGCAUUGCAAGGCGCAGACCUCAUCCACAACGCACUAGAGAAGCUUGAAUCUGAUUCUGGUGUAAAGAUUGACAGAAGCUUGCUGCUGCAUGAUGCCAAGGAUAUGAAGGAGUCUGUUGAGGGUUUAGCCGAAGGGUAUACGUUGCUCAAAGACGGCGGCGUGGAUUUCGACGACCCAGCUGCAACAAAGCUCCAAGUACUUGCGGAGAAGGCGGACGCUUUCUGGAGCCAGUUCGAAAAUAUCCUGGGCAAGCCUGUGCUGGACAACCUGAGGAAGAGGUUCCACGACUAUAUCGCAAUUGUAAAGGAGCGGAAUGCCGCAGUCAUUGGAUAUACAGAGGCAGUUCUCUUGCUGAUCAAGUAUCAGACAGAGCUCGACGCCCUUGCUGCUGAACGGGCUGACAUCUCCCGGGAGGAGUAUGACCAACUUGGAGCAGAUCAUCCGACUAUGACAGCUUUCAUGAAAAAGCUGUACACAGAUGCAAUCCACACCACGCAGGAAUGGCUGUAUAAAGCGCAGCGUUCGUAUCAAUUUGUCAGUCUAGACCGGGCAAAUGUAGUGGGGGAUCAAAUGGAAGGGUUCAAAUUCUCAACAUUCAAUUCGGCAACGUUGAUCUCGAUCAACUCAACACUCAUCACCAGGUAUAAUGCAUUCAUUGAAAAAGCAGGUACCGAGCCCCAGACAUUUAACGGUCUGAGAUACGAUAUCGAUGAGAUGUAUGUCGACAUGAUCCAAGAUAGUGGAACGGACGGCAUCACACAUACAAUUGAAAUACCAGUCUUUGAUAUCCAUAAGCCGAAUCCAUUCGGCUCUAUGGUCGACAUUCGAUUAACCAAGGUUCGCUUCUAUUUAGACGGGGCCAAGACUGAUUCUCACUUCUUGGAUUUGACGCUGAAGCACCAGGGAAAGGAGACAAUACUCAAUAAGCAAGAUGAACGGUUCGACUUUGUCCACGACCCGCUUAUCACUAAAUUCAGGUAUAAUAUCGACAACCCAAUGGUCAUGGGCCCAGGUACCACGGAUGGGGAUGUGGGAUCGGUAGGAGAGGACCGCUAUGCAAAGGUAGGACCCUUUACUCAGUGGACAUUCCAGGUCACUACCGACAACAACCCGGGGUUAAACCUUGGCAAAGUGAGUAAGGCUUACUUCAUGUUCUGGUUUACCUAUUAUGAGACGAUGUAG